UUUUUCACACCUUUGUCCUAGAGAGUCGAUUUACUGCGCAUACUUAGAGAAAGAGGAAGUUUCCUUUCUUGCUUACUUUGCUUUCUACCCGCUGUGUGUUUGUGUGCUUCUGUUACGAUGAGACUUCAAGUUCUCCUCAUUCAAUUCUUCCAAGUGGCACUAGCUGAAUACCUCCCUGGUGUCAGUGGGUACCUUGGGGAGACCAUUAUCUUGCCCUCAGGUGCAAACUCAGCGUGGAAACUCACAAAAAUUGAGUGGUCAGUAUUCCCCAACAACACUUGGAUUGCCACCUAUCGCAAUGGGACGGAAAAGAUUGGCCGCAUCCGUCAGUACAAAGGGAGACUCGGCCUCAGCAUCUCAUCAGGUAACUUGACGAUCCAUAAUUUGACCAGAGAUGAUAGCAUGGAAUACACCGUGGACCUCAUCAACUCACAAAGACAAAGCACCGUAAACAAGAUCAAGCUCACAGUUAGACAACACCUUAUGAAACCGACCAUAACAACACUCUUCACUAAACCUAUGGAAGGAGGCUGUUGGAUUGGCCUGCGGUGUUCUUCUCAAGAAGAACGUGUUGACUUUUCCUGGCAGGUGGAACCUCUCAAUGUGCCUGCCUAUAAUAUGAGUAGAUCUGAUGGACACGGAGUUCUGUUAGGUUUCAUCAAGACUGGGCAGACAUUCAAUUUCACCUGCACCUCCAGCAAGCUUGAGGAGAAGACCUCAAAUGUUGUCCCAGUAAAGUGCGAUGUGUUAACGGAAAAACCGUGCACAGAUAGGUGUGGUCUUUGUAUGUUCAUUGGGAGUUUCCUCAUAAUCAUCAUAACAGUAUUAUACGCUUACAGAGAAAAAAUCAAAGCUGAAUUGAUAAACCUCAAAAACAGACUGAUUACAAAACCAGGAAAUGACCAAUGACCAAGCUUCACCGUCCUUCCUGCAGUUGGUGUGACAGAUAAAUGAAUGUACAAAUAAUAAUGUACUUAUGUAAA